AUGCCCAGGCAGGGAGCAGGCGUCGCACCGGUCUCCAUGGGGCGACUUUCAGAGAUUAGGGAAAUGAACGAAUCGUGGAAACUUGCAAGGAGCAUGCGGCGCAAGGUCAUGCAAAACCUUGCAGAGCACAAAGAUACAGCAGAUGAUAAGCUGGCUUUGAAUAUUAGCCACGAGCUUCGAGCCCGAAGUGGAGUGCAAAAGAGCCGGCUCAGCAAUGCUAACAAGGUGCACUCAUUUGAUAAACCUAUUCAGCUCCCGAAGGACUUCUACACUGACGAGCAACGCGAAGCGUUUGCGGCCUGGAAGCAACAGGAUCAUCGUCGAAGCAAGCACGUACGACCCCAAGCAUCAAGCAACUACUUUAUGAGAUUUAUGCGUAGCAUACGUGUCCCUUUCAUUGCAAAGAAAUCAAUGCCACUAGUUGAUCCGUACAACGGUGACGAGUCUGUCACUGACGAGUGCCACCACAACGUACAAACUCAGAACUUGCGCGAGGCCCACCACGUUCGUUUACACACAGCUAUGCAGGCAGUGAAAAGGCAAGCAUUUGACGAUUUUGUGAAGAAGAAGAUGGAACAAGAAAAGCGCGAAGAGGAGGAAAGAAAACGGGUGAUACAUGAAAAUGAGCUCAGGGAUCUGAAGGAAGAGUAUGAAAAGAACCGCUUUCGGGCUCGUGAAUGGCAUAAGGUUGAGCACCCUUUUGUGCCGGCAAAGUCUGCUAAAAAGCUCACAGUCCCUGCAACACCCAAGUUUAGCACCUUCUCGUGGAUGAAGAAGUCAUUCGGACUGGAGAAGAAGUCCUGA